UUUCUCACUUGUGUUGUGGAUGGAUACUCUAGGUUGAAUACACAGAAUAUUUUUCUGGUCAAACAUCUUAUGCAAUGGCAGAAGCUCCAAAAGAGGCUCUUCCUCACAAUUGCCGGCCUGAUUUUGGUGCUGUAUGGUCAACAACAGCAAAGUUCAAGGUCAAUGAAUCAUACAAGUGCAGGUACACACUGGGGAGUACCAAAGCUGACAUUUAUUCAGACAAGCUAUUCAAUUGCACUGCUGAGGAUCCUUCAAUAAUUGAAAUGCUGAAAAGGAUUUUUGUACUGUUUUCAAAGUUCUGCAAGUCAAAAGAUUUCAGUUCGUGGUGGAUGCUUGGAUAUGCGGCAGCAGGGGUCGUGGCGGGCGUGCUGAGCUCCAUACUCAUCACAAUAGCAGUAAGAAUCCUGCGAGGAGUGUUCCUUGCUGCCGCCAGGCGGGCUGUGAGCAACCAUAGCAUCAGGGUGUUUGCUUACCGUUUCAAGCGGGCGUGCCUUCUUGUUGCGUAUAUAUCUUUCGUUGGCUGGAUCACCUUGCAGUACAGCAAAAUGGUUGGGCUGAAGGAGCUUGUGCUGGACUUCAAACUCUUGGAGAGGUUCUUGUAAAAUGUAAACGGGUUUCGGCAAUGUAUGUCAAAUAAGCCGAUCCCCUUGUGUGAUGUAACCUAGUGUAACUUAUCCUGCCUUGCUUCGAUAUGCAGCCGCCCAUGAACAGGUGGAUGAAUCAUGGGUAGCUAGUAGCUACAGUGGGCAUGGAGUAACUCCCAUCUGUUGUAACCUGCAAUGCAACAUGUAUCACAAUCAUCGUAAUGACAGUUUGGGGGGCUUGGAAAUGUGGUCUAA